CCGGAGAGCGGGCUCGCGCGCGCGGCCGCGAGGCCGCGGGCAGCCAAAAUGCAGUUCUACUACCUAUUUCACCUUCGUAGUUGUGCUGCGGCUACAGCCGGGUGCAGCGGCAGUGCUUAUUCCGGCGGCAGCCGUACAGUAUUUGUACCAUCUCUCUUGGAUUUAUUCGUCAAUCUCUUCACCUCUGUUUUUGUGUAUGGGCCCCCCAUCUUUCUUCUCGUCGUGUUCGUGCUGGGCUCCGCCUUCUGCGUUAGCUCAAAUGUUCCUACGUUUGUGUACCGAGCCGCUGCCGCCCCUGUGGGCGCUGCCGCGCUGCCUUUAUCGGACCCGGACCGGGGCAUCAGGGUUAAGUUCUUCGUGCAAGGGAAGAAAUGCCUUCGACCGGACGAGUUCGUGCGGCACGGUCUUACUGCUAGGCAAGUACUCGACCGCCUCGGGGUCGCUGCUGAUGCUGACGUCGAGCUCAUUUACCCAGCCAAGGGACGGAAGUAUAGCGAUGAUGAAGUCGUUGCCGCACCCGUGGUCGUAGCGUACAUGAGACUACGGCUUCGGGGCGGCGCGCCCAAGAAGAAGAGGAAGAAGGCGACGCCUACGACGCAGCUGCCUCCUCCUCCAAAAGAGAAGUCGUGCUGCUGCUGCAUCUCGGGCAAGCGAUGCCCGAACAAGGUUUUUUGUGAGGCCACUAUCACGCAGCUAGAGCGGAUGGUGAACGAUGGGACGCGCUCCAACAAUAAAGGGACGCUGACGUUCGACCCCCACUGCGUCUAUGGCACGAAAAAGCAGACCUGGGUUUGCGAGGAUCACAUGUAUGAGAUCGCCAGGACACAUGUCAAGGACCUCUUGCCCUCGAAUGGUUGUCAGUACCUGUGUGAAAAUCAAUAACUUGAUCUAACCGGUUGUGCUCACGUAGGUCAGACAGGUUUCGAUAAGAGAGACUUCCUCCACACCAUCCUGAAGGUGACGGGCACUCACGAGGACGACACCGCGAUUCCGGUGCAGCCCGGCAGUAAGCGCGCGCGCGUCUCGACUGAUACGUCGACCGCGACGCCGGAGAAGAAGGACCUGCUCACGGAGCUCUUCGAUAGGAUGAGACCUUAUUGCAAGCCCGGGACGUUCGUCUACAACGUCCUGAUGACUAUUUUCCGGCACGUGCUGAUCAUGAACAACAUCUUCGAGUACGGACGGCACGCCUGGCACGGCAACCCGGAGGGUGAAGACGUGCUGCGCUUCUGGAUCGUCUACUGGACCGUCGUGGGCACGUCGGCCAUCGACCUGCUCCGCGGCGGUGCUAUUGCCAAAGGCGCGAAGCGGUUUCUGCCCGGCGUGCCCGAGUUUUUUGAUGGGAUGCUGCAGAAUCUGCCGGGCGUUCCAACCCCGCGUCAUCUCCGAAGAUAUGCAGCGACGCCGUUCCCGCUCAAGGAGAUAGUCAGCGUCUCGGCGUCGAUGGUCGACGCAGCUCUAGAAACGCUCGGCGGCCCCGAGGGUCUCGCGCUGGGCGUGACCUUCGACUGUGUCCACGGCGAGUCGCGCCUGGAGGUCGUGAGGGACAUCGACGGCGAAUACGUCGUGCUCGGCACCGCGUCGCCGGACGGGCUUAAGGGCGCGGCCCGUGGGAAGGACGACUUCGACGAUGAUAAAGCCCUGGGCGGCAAGGACAUUGCGAAGAAGCUUAUGACGGUCAUGCUCCACGCGCUCAACGGCAAGAACGUAAAUUGUGAGAUUUGCCUCGGAGUCGUGCCUCUUAAUGAGGAGACGGGCAAGAUCAUCGCAAACGUUUUUUUGGAGCUGCGCCGCCUGUGUUUUGAGAAGGGCUCGUGGCUGAUCUUCGCGGGCGGCGACGGCGCGUCGCCGAAUCGUGACGCGUGGAAAAUAAUCAAAGGGAAAUCUUCCGGCGACAAGACGCCGCUGUUCGAGAAUGUGAAAAAGGCCGAGGAGCUGCCGUUCUGGUCGGGGUCCGACAUGGACCAGCACGACACGAAGGGCCUGAAACGAGAUUUUUGGGGCGACUGGAUUUUGGCCAAGGGCCAACAGAUUCGCUUCGACAUCCUCCUGACGCGGCUGCGCGGCAUUGUUCCGACCGAGAACGGCGAGGUGACGCUCUCGGAGCCGGGCGACCCUACCUACUCGCGCGUCGACGACGUGUCGCUCACCGAUAAGCUCGGGGAGCAGCGCGCCAAAGAGUUCCACCAGGAAUUCGCUGAUCUCGCCACGAUGGAAGUAGUGGAUCCAAAAGAUAGCAUGGCCUCGAAGCCGGCCCACCUCUGCGGGAAGAUGGGCGACCUGUUUCGCGAGGCACCGUCCCGCGUCCGCGAUUCGCGGGGAUCGAGUCUUCGUGGGGAUGGCGUCGAACGUUAUGCGCACACAGGUCGGGCUCGACGGCGCGGCGUGGCUGUGCGAUCUGAUCGCGAAGUCCGAGCGCGUCGCGCGUGGCGUCGACGCGAAGGGCGACAAAGUUACGUUCGAGGAGAAUCUUAGGAAUCUGCGGGCCUUCAACGCGGAGCUGCGUGCAUGGCACAAGGAGUGCGAGGAGAACAUCGACCAGAGAGCGCGCGGCGCGCAACGGUACCGAGGGUUCAUCUCGGAGGUCCUCUACGAGCUGUAUUUGAUGAACGAGGAGGCCAUGACCGGCAUCCUCGCGCUGAUGAAGAAGAACAAGAUGACGGACGAGCUCCGGUCGACGCUGCCGUUCUCAGCGUCGAACGAGACCAUGCACUCGAUCCUGCGGGGCGUCGACAAGCACCUUAGAAUUUCUAAGGUCGCGCGUCACCUGGGCAAGAUCCUGCUGGCCGCGUCGAUCCUGCAGGACCGGGCACGGUCCUGGACCUUCAACCGCGGCGUUGGCACCUACCGGAACACGAUCGACGAGAGCCCGGAGAGUCGUAGGGCCGCGCUCGCGGACUUCGAGGAGACGGAAGAGCGUGCGUUUGUGCUGAAGACACAAACUGAGCGGGACAAGGACCACGGCGUCGCGAGGCGCGCACGGGUCGGCGAGGCGCCGAAGAUUUUGACAAAAAUCGCGGCGGCGACGAACGUCACGGUCAAAAACUUUAAGCUGACGUUCCGCGACGCGUGGGUGCGCGCCAAGUACGGGCGCAAGGCGUCCAAGGGCCGCAGCAUUCUCGAGAUGGCGAUGGCGGCGCCGCACUUAUUGAAGCGCGAAGGGGCUUCGGGCAACGGGCAGGCGUUCCCGGUCGCGCGGGCCUUCAUCGUGGACGGCGACGCGGCGUGGGAGCUCGUCCACUCAAAGCCGCACGCCGCCAUACAAAAAGUGGGCACGCCGACGAUCAAGUGCCGCCAGAGCAAUCUCAAGGGCGUCCUGGAGCUCGACGUCCUGGGGAAGGAAAAAUACGUCGUGCCGUACAAGUCGAUCAAGGCGAUGGCGUGGGACUUCAUCGACACGUCGCUACCAGCAAACGUGGACGGCAUCGUCGUGGUUACCUUUGCUAUUGUAACCGCCGGACGGCUUCAAUUACUGACGCUCGAGCUGCUCCAGAAGGACAAGAACACGUGCCGGAUGUUCGCGAACCUCGCGGGCCUCGCGGGCACGCUCUUCAAGUCCGCGCUCGUCGCUGGCGGCAAGCCAUCGCCCGAGGCGCAACUCCUGCGCGCAGCUCAUCGAGAAGGCGGCUCGGGGACGGCGGUGCUGGAUUUAGAGAAAGACGAGGCGCCGUGGCGCCGCGUCGCCGUCCAGACCGCCGUCGCGGCUUCGCGAGGUCUGGUGAGGAUCGCCGAGGUGGACGCGGAGGAGCCGCCGCCGCUCUCCACUAUUCUGAAGAAGUACAAGGGCGGCGACGGCAUCACGAUGCGGAAGGAGGCGAUCCGAAGUAGUAGUACUACUAAGGCCAAGCGCGGCCGGCCGAAGGCAAAGGAGGACGAUGGGGCUCGCGUGGUCCGAGCGGAGCUGGAGAACCACGAGGAGGCCGCCCGCUACCAGAAGGACGGCGGGAAAGUGCUAGGAGAGAAGUGGGUUGGGCUCUGUGUUCGCGACGACGAGUACCGGUUCGCCGGCGAGAUCGUCGGAAUGAAGUGGGUCGACGACACUGAUCCGCCGCAGAUCUGCGCUGAAAUCAGGUCCUACGACAAGAAGGACACCCAGACCUAUUGUGUGUAUGAUCUUCCCGCCAUGGUCAUCGCGGCAGAGGACGAACAGCUCCUCGACGUGCUGCUCGAGUACGACCCGCCGGAGGACGAAUUCGACCUUCCCGGCGACGAGGAGGCCGAGAGGACGAUGGCCCAGCCCGUGGAACCGGAGGACGACGACGAUGCGGACGACGACGACGUCGAUUUGGAACUUUGAGUCUCCGCCGUCCGGCCCGCGGCCUGCCCGCGGCCGGCGCACCCCAAAGCCCCCCACCGUUUGCAGCCCC